CGUGUUGGUUUCGGCUCCACGCACGCCUCCCAAAUGUCCGGAAUACCAUUGUUCCGUGAUGGGAAAGACGUAUGUUAAAUUAUAGUCCAUCGCUUUCACCCAAUAACCUAGUUCAUUUUAGAUUCUGCACGGCUUUAAAUGACGCUUUUUAACACGACACUAUUAAUCGCUAAGCGCCAUAAUCAUUGUCGUAUGAGUUUUUAGAACAACUACUCUAUAAGGCGGACUUUCUUUCAUUGUCCUAACCGAAUACUUUGUUGCAAGAACAAUUUGGCGCGCCUGCCGGCAGUAUGAAUCCAUACCACCGCGCGUUCAGACGUCAGUGCGCGCGCACUGGCUUGAUCAUUGCCGCCAACGGCAACAUCCGUGCUUUUUUACUAGCCAGUGUGUCGUUUCCUUAAAAAUACUGGCCGUUAACAAAAAGUCGUUCAAGUUUUUAGGCCAGUGUUUAAAAAAAAUCCCGAAAGUUUUGAAGAAUACUGGCCAUAUUUUAAAGUGUAACAAAUACUGGUUUAUAAUUUGAAUAUGAAUGAGACAGUGAUGGUGUCAAAUAAUACUUGGCAAUGGUACCGGGAGGCCAUCCGCUCCUGGCUCGAGGAUCCUGGGGUGGUGGAAUAUCAGGGUCUGAACAUGACCGCUCUGAAGAUGGAUCAGGCGUAUAUGAUAGCUGAUUCGGAGGUGGAUGUGGGGGUGUAUAGCGUUUCGGAUGACUGCUUUCGGUGUCCCUUCGAGCUGCAGAAGAAUAUAAAAGCUGGUGCAGAAGAGUCGUGGGUGGUGGACACAGCGCACCGCUCCUCAUGGCGGGUGUACCACUCCUCAGAACGGUACAUCUCCGCUACCAACACAACAGGUCUGGUAUGCCAGGCGAGGCCAGACCUUGGCCAGUUCGGGGUCUACCGCCUAAAUGCGACAGACGAAGCCUGCAGCGUCAGGACCCUCAGAGAACCUGUCGACAUUUAUUUGCCUCUCCUCCUCCUGCUCGGCGUACUCCUCGGAAUAUGGGUGGUCUACGGCGUGGUCCGCUUCAUCAUGUCCAGGGUCUGGAAGACCGGGAAGCUGCGGUACGGAGACAAGGAGCUGGCCAUCCAGCAGCGGCUGCGGGCGCUCGACACGUUUCGAGGAAUGGCCAUAGUGUUCAUGAUUUUCGUGAAUGAUGGGGCCGGCGGCUACUGGUGGCUUGAACACGCUACGUGGAACGGUCUGACGGCAGGGGAUCUGGUUUUCCCUUCAUUCCUGUGGAUCAUGGUGUGCAUACCUCUGUCCGUCAAGGGGGCCUUCGCGAAGGGAGUACCAAGGUGGAAGAUCUUCAUGCAUAUUGUCAGGCGCUCCUGCAUCAUGUUUUUGCUCGGCGUCGCUCUGAACACAAUCUCAGGCCGCAACACUUUAGGCCAGAUCCGAAUCUUUGGCGUUCUCCAACGGCUUGCCGUGGCGUAUUUCGUGGCAGCUGGCUUCUACGCGCUCACGGCGCCGAAGUACUUCACACCACCCAGGGGAGCAUGUGGACAGGCUUUGAAAGAUGUCCUCUCGUGCGUAUGGUGCUGGGCGCUAGCUGGUGCUCUUGUGGCAGUUCACACCGUGAUCACCUUCGUAGUUCACGACCCUGGCUGUCCAGCGUAAAGGCUAUCUCGGCCCGGGGGCAAGCACGAUGACUGGGCAGCUCCGGAGUGCAGUGGCGGCGCGGCAGGCUACAUCGACCGUUUGGUCCUGGGCUCCUCACAUCUGUUCCAAUGGACUGACCGUCGUGAGGUCUAUGGAGGACCACAUACUGACCCUGAGGGUCUUCUGGGUUGCCUAACAUCAGCUGUACAAGCACUACUAGGUGUGCAAGCAGGAGCGACAGUAUUGCUGCAGCGCUCACACAAAGCACGAGUGUCUCGCUGGCUGGCGUGGGGACUAGUUUUCGCUCUAGCCGGUGCCUUACUGACUGGCUUCAGUAGGGAGCAUGGAGUGGUGCCAAUCAAUAAGAACCUGUGGUCCAUCUCCUUCGUCCUGGUGACGACAUCGUUCUGCCUGGUGCUGCUCGUCCUGUGCUACUUGUUCACCGACGCGUGGCGCCUCUGGGGCGGCGCGCCGUUCCGAGCGCCCGGCCUUAACGCCAUCGCCCUCUAUGUUGGCCACAUGGUGUGUUAUAACAUGUUCCCUUUCCACUGGAAGGUGGCCAAUAUGGAGACGCACACGAUAAACUUGUUGGAAGCUGUUUGGGGGACGGCCCUUUGGGUUGUUAUAGCGCAUGUUAUGGCGAAGAAGAAGGUUUUUAUAACGCUGUGAAUUGAACCUUCAUUGCAAUGAAAGUAGAAACGAGCUUUUAAGAACAGUGUAACGUUUUUCUUAAUCAUUUGGAUGUUAAGAUCCGUUCCAUAUGCCCAUUGGAGAAAAACUAGCUCAGUAAAAAAGUACAGAGAACAUUGAAAACCGUUGUAAGUUGUGUUAUUGCUAUAGUGUUGGUAGGAACUGGAGUCUUUUGGGUCUAAAUAGAAGAACUCGACUUGUUUUUACGACGCUCAGAGCUUACUAAACUUCCGAGUCUUUUAACUACUGAGUCGAGUUAUUGAGUCUUUUUAAGCGGAACUCAAAAGAACUCGAGUCUCCGAAUAAAGACUCACUCAACAAUUUUAUAGGUUUUACCUAAACAACAGUAAAUAAAAUAAGCGUUAUUGUAUGAUUUAUGUUAUGUACCUAUAUCCAUGAAUUUUACAUAAAGACAAGGCAUUACGAAGUUAUUUGUAAAAAAAUUACAAGUUCUCCGAAAAGCACUCAAGUCUCUACAAAAGACUCGAGUCUCUAAUAAGUUGAAAAGAACUCGAGUUUCGUCUUAAUUAUAAGUCUGAAAAACUGAGUCGAGUCUUAAAGCAGGGGACACCAACACUAGUCAUAGCGCCAAGAACGCUUAUGAGCGAUAGCGCUACCAACGCAGAAUUCAUGAUUUCAACAAAGUUUUUACUUAUAUUUGCUAUACUAAGGUACUCAGUACCGGUUUGAAUGUACUUUAAAGUUACAGAUGAAAUCGACUUAACACGUUAACAGUCCCCAUACUAGAUGUAUGCAUUUCCUGGUACAUCCAAGCAAAUUACUUCAAUCACACGUCCAUGCUCCACAUAUGGGUCACUGAGAAAAAAACAAGCCACACUCGAAUUAGAACAAUGACUUUUUGUAUGCUGUUGUCUGACUAGCCAAAAAUAUUAUUAUACAAGUAGUAUCCCUAUAUUAUUAUGCAAUAUGAAGUACUAAUCUAACUGCGUACCUGGUGGUAUAUUCGUGACCCAUAUGUGGGGCACGGACGUGUGGAGAUAGUUUAGCGUGACCCAUAUAUGGGGCACAGGACUGUGAACGUGUUAAUAUCUCCAUUUGUGUUUACAGAUGAAGACAAAUCUCUCACUUUGCUCCCAAUGGUGCUGUGAGAUAGGAUUGGUUAGAUUUCCUAUGCGGUAUGACUUGGUCAAGUACUAUGUAAGUUUAUAAAAUGAGCCGUCAGAGAGGAAUCGUUUUUUUUUUUGCCAAGUUAGCUUAACGUAGUUUUAAAGACUGAUUAUUAGAUUUAACAAAACUUGUAUCUUAACUAUAGUUGAAUUAAAAACAUUUUACAAUUAU